CCUGGCCCCCAUGGGGAGGAGAUUGGCCGGUGUCCUGCUCGGGGCGGCGUGUGCACAGCCAGAGCCCCGACACCUUCCCAGCGGACACGGGUCCCAUAAAUCCCCCAGCCCGCCGUGGACAGGGCAGCGGUGCCCACACCCCACGGAGGCUCCUCGGGUCGCAGCUCCUGGCCGGUGGCCGAGCGAGGCUCUCCCGCCCGCCGGCCCCACACGCAGCAGCCGUGCAGCCGCCCCGCGGGCCGCUGGAGGGGAUGGACUAUUCCUAUGAUGAGGACCUGGACGAGCUCUGUCCGGUCUGCGGGGACAAGGUCUCCGGGUACCACUACGGGCUGCUCACCUGCGAGAGCUGCAAGGGCUUCUUCAAGCGCACGGUGCAGAACAACAAGCACUACACCUGCACCGAGAGCCAGAGCUGCAAGAUCGACAAGACCCAGCGCAAGCGCUGCCCCUACUGCCGCUUCCAGAAGUGCCUCACCGUGGGGAUGCGCCUGGAAGCUGUCCGUGCAGACCGGAUGCGCGGAGGGAGGAACAAGUUUGGCCCCAUGUACAAGCGGGACCGUGCCUUAAAGCAGCAGAAGAAAGCUCUGAUCCGUGCCAACGGCUUCAAGCUGGAGACGGUGCCUCAGAUCAUGUCCCCGGUGCAGAGCGACUACAGCCUGUCCUCCACCAUCCACAGCAUCCACGCCAUGUCCAAGACGCUGCCGCCCAACCCCGCUGCCCUGACGCCCGUGGACUACGAGCGCAGCCCCUACGGGACGCCCUCCCUGGGAGUGACUGUGCCCGGCCACGCGCCGCUCCCCGGAUACCACUACCCCUCCUUCCCCAACCGCACCAUCAAGUCCGAGUACCCCGACCACUACACAAACGUGCACGAGUCCGUGCCCGCCUACGUGUACCCAGAGACCUACCCCAGCAGCUCUCCCCCCGACAUCCCCGAGGUCAUCCUGAAGCUGCUGCAGCUGGAGCCUGACGAGGCCCAGGUGAAGGCACGGAUACUGGCCUGCCUGCAGCAGGAGCAGGGCAAGGGCCGGCACGAGAAGCUCAGCACCUUCGGCCUCAUGUGCAAGAUGGCAGACCAGACCCUCUUCUCCAUCGUGGAGUGGGCACGGAGCUGCAUCUUCUUCAAGGAGCUGGAGGUGGGUGACCAGAUGAAGCUGCUGCAGAACUGCUGGAGUGAGCUGCUGGUGUUUGACCACGUCUACCGGCAGCUGCAGCACGGCAAGGAGCACAGUGUGCUGCUGGUCACCGGCCAGGAGGUGGACAUGUCGACCAUUGCAGCCCAGGCCGGCUCCAUCCUCAACACGCUGGUCCUGCGGGCGCAGGAGCUCGUCCUGCACUUGCACUCGCUCCAGGUGGACCGGCACGAAUUCGUCUGCCUCAAGUUCCUCAUCCUCUUCAGCCUCGAUGUGAAGUACCUGGAGAACCACACGCUGGCCAAGGAUGCCCAGGAGAAGGCCAACGCGGCGCUGCUGGAGUACACGGUGUGCCACUACCCCCACUCCACGGACAAGUUCCGCCAGCUGCUGCUGUGGCUGGCGGAGGUCCGGGCGCUGAGCAUGCAGGCAGAGGAGUACCUGUACCACAAGCACCUGAGCGGGGAGGUGCCCUGCAACAACCUCCUCAUCGAGAUGCUCCAUGCCAAGCGGACUUGAGCGUGGCCGCCGGCACCACCCGGCGCAGCCCCGGUGCCGCCGGCGGCGCGGCAGGGGCAGGACUGGUGCCCGGGGCUGGCUGCCUCCCACCCUGCCUUCCUCAGUGAUGCUAUUUAACCUCUGCUAUUGGAAACCUCCCGGGUGGUUUAACACACAGCAAGGACGGGUGAGGCUGCAGGGCCGUGGGCUCGGCUGCUGAGCUGCCCCAGCCCCACUGCGCACCCGGUGCCUGAGCCCACCACUUACAGACCCGGCUCAGCAGCACCAAGGAAGGGUAAAGCCUGUCCUGGCUUUUCUCCUAUUUCUGCUCCUCUCCUGCUACCCCCACCAGCUGUUUCUUCACCUUCCCAACCCUGCCCCAUGUCUCAGGGCCCCUCGUGCACAGGGCAGGGGAGAGGUGAGGUGAACCCCCUCCAGGCCGUGGUUUUGUGGUGGUUGGGGUGUCUCCAGGCACUGGGGGAGCACACGGAGGAGCCGCACAGAGCACUGGGGCUGGGCUGGAGGGGUUGGCCCUAUUCAGUCCUGUGACCCCAAGGUGCACAUGCUGUGUCCCACCGCUGCCCCAGCAAAGCAAGGACAGGCAGGGGUGGGCAGCGCCGAGUCCUCAGCUGAGGUUUGUUUUCCCAGUGCCUGCUGGUGCUGGAGGCAGCAGCUGUGGCUUUGCAGGCCAUAGCAGCCACAGUGCCCGGAGCUCAUGGGCAGCACAGCUCUGUCCUGCCCCAGCUGAUGGUGGCAGAGCAGCCGGGCAGGAGGGAGGUGCAGGCACGUGCCCAGGAGCUUGGGGAAGCUUGGGGAGCUCCGCAGCCCCCUCCCUGCAUUUACCGGCCCAAGUGCAUGGGGAGGGAGGAAUAAGGAUUUUCCUGCACUUGGUGUUGGGCCCCCACACCCCCUUCUGUGGUCUGCCAUGUCCCCAGGGGACAGCAAAUGCUGUGGCGAAGCCACAGGCAAAGAGCUCUCUGUUCCUCUCCCACCACGGGACAGGACUGGGAGCACUGGGGGCUGCAGCUCCCUGAGCUGGGACAUGUCGGACUCUCACUGCUGCUUUCUCUCCAUCUCAGCCAUCCUCUCCUCUCCUCUCCUCUCCUCUGCUCUGCCCCACCAGGCAGCCCCUGCCCGACCCUGGCUCCACGGGCUCCUCCCGCCCAGCCGGGGCUGGCCAGGUUUGCUCCCCAGGGCGGGUGGUCUCCCUGUGCCCAGGGCCCAUCACCCGCCGUGGCUCUGCAGAGCCGGUGCCUUGAGGAGCCACAGAGGCUGCGCCCGGAGCCGCGUGGUUUGUGAAGCUUGUUAGACGCAGAAGAGUAUGUUUGUCUCUGCUUUAACACCUUUGUGCAUUUUCCUCCUGAAGUCUGUGGUUUGGUUUCACCUUCUUCUUUUUGUGAACUCAAAGAACUGGAGAAAAUGGUUUGGGAGGUAAAGAUGUUUUAUUUUCAGAAAAUGAAAAGUGUCCUUAAGUGUCUCUCUCUCUCUGUCUCUCACAUCCUUUUCUCCCUCUCAUCCCUCCCCUUCCCCACUACUCCCCCUUCCUUCCCAGGCAGGAGGUUGCCAACUUCCUUGUCAGGAGCAAACCACUGUAAUAAAUUUUGCAGUUCAUUUAAAAACACAAACUUCGUCCUUUUUGACUGUCUUUCUGCCCCUCCUGGUUGGUGUUUCCCCAGCUCCCCAUGGGCAGAGGAGCAGUGCUUGGCUCCCGGUGCCCACUCCUGGGGUGCUGCCUGCCCUUGUGGGACCAGGACACUGCUGCUGCGGGAUUCAAGGCAUCGGUGCCUCAAGGUCUGGUAAAAAGUGCUGCAGGGAACUGCCAUAGUGACUCUGAGCGUGUUUUUCAAGCAAGCU